CAAAUCGUCAAAGGCUUACAAAUUUUCUUCCCUUCUCAACCUCAAGUGGAUUAGCCUAAUAUCAAAAAUUCAACCAAUAGUGUAAAUUCAGAAUCCAACCGCAAUCCCUCUGGAUCAUGAAGCAGCCUCAACACUAUAUUUAACAGAAUGCAAAAGCAAUAAAACCCACAAAAACGAGAAAUCAUUGGCUAUAACGGUUUCAUCGAAAGCUCCAUUUUCUAUAUAUAGGAAAACACAACAGAAUUAGCCAGAAACAAAAACAAAAUGGGGUUAGCUACCAUGAAAGCUACUACUAGUAGCAGCAUUUUUUGCACUUGUCUUUUAUUCUUGAUCAUCAGCUUCAGCUCUAGCUAUGCUAGCCCUUCAUACUCCUCAAAGGCCAUGAAGGGAGCUUACUAUCCCUCAUGGAGAGUUGCAGAUUUUCCACCAUCCGCCAUCGAUACAACCUUAUUCACUCACAUCUACUACGCAUUUCUCAACCCCAGUGCUUCAACUUUCGAGCUUGGCAUAGAUGCUUCAACAGCACAACUUCUCACCAACUUCACAUCAACUCUUCACUCCAAAAAUCCGCCAGUCAGGACACUUUUCUCCAUUGGCGGAGGAGGCGAUGAUCCGACUGUAUUUUCCCGCAUGGCCUCGACUCCAGCCUCUCGCAGGAGCUUCAUCCUCUCCACCAUAGAAGUAGCAAGAAAAUACGGGUUCGAUGGAUUCGAUCUCGACUGGGAGUUCCCUCAAAACCCGCAGGAAAUGAACGACUUAGGCAGCCUAUUCGACGAAUGGAGAGCUGAAAUCGUAAAAGAAUCCAAAGCAACACAUCGACCUCAGCUCUUGCUCUCCGCAGCAGUUUAUUUCUCUUCAACCUUUUUCCUAGCUGCUACGCCCAGAACUUACCCAAUAGCCUCAAUCAACAAGAAUUUAGAUUGGAUCAAUGCCAUGUGCUACGAUUAUCAUGGCGCCUGGGAACCUACAAUCACAGGUUCCAAUUCAGCAUUAUUUGACCCCAAAAGUAACAUCAGUACUAGCUAUGGAUUGGGAUCUUGGCUCAAGGCAGGGAUCUUGAGGAGCAAAUUGGUGAUGGGUUUGCCGCUUUAUGGCAAAACAUGGACGCUAAAGGACCCUAGCGUCCAUGGCGUGGGAGCUCCCGCAGUUGGUCUUGGUCCUGAGGGUGAUGGUGGAAGGGGGAUUUUGUUGUAUUACCAGGUCGAGGAGUUUAAUAAAAAGAACAAUGCCACAGUUGGAUUUGAUGUGGCUACUGCGUCUACUUAUUCAUUUGCAGGAACUGCAUGGGUUGGAUAUGAUGAUAGUAGAUCUACAGCAGCAAGGAUUGGAUAUGCUCAGGCUCUCAGGAUUCGUGGUUACUUCUUCUGGGCUUUGAGCUAUGAUCUGGACUGGAAAAUAUCCAGAACAGCUUCCCACUUGUGGAUUCAUUGAAUAAUGAAGUUAAGAUCUUAUCUGCGGAUGUUGGCCGGCAAAGCAUCCCUAGGCCAUGUUCCAUUUCAUCCUGCAACCUUCCAAGAACAUAGAUGUUGGGACUAACCGACCACUGGUGAUGCUAGUUGCUGGCAUAGAUGUAUUUUUCUUAGUAUCCUGUAACACUCCUAUUUUCCUAUCUAGUAGCAAUUUUAUUUCUAUUGGCCUGCAAAAUAGUUGCACACAUAAAAAAAUAAUGUAAGUUCAUUAACUUUACCAGAAAAUAGACUCCUCUCUUUAUAGUUUAUAUG